CACGAGUAGCAAACUGAGCGAGGCUGUUUGACCUUGCGCCCAUUGUUGAUCUGUUUUAGUUGGGCGCUGUCGCAAAUGUACGUCAACGUGGCGUGGGCGUCACUGUUGGCAGUUGGUGUAAAAGGAGGUGGGGGCGCGACCUGCUGUCCCUGUCUCCUCCUCGUUAGUCAUUAUGGCACCGUCCAAAAGCACGUCUGGUGUGCGCUUCGAGCAGCAAGUUGCAGAGAUCCCUGGAGGAUACCACGAGGAGCCCGAAAGCGAGUACGUCAGGGACGGCCGCAACAGCCCUCCGCGUCGGCCUGUGCGCGAGCGAAAAGCGACAGGCCUCUUUUCGCAUCGUCCUGCAAUCGCAGAAGCUCCUCGGCAUCGUGAUGACAGCCCUCCCCGGCAAGAUCGCACGGUCGAGAACGGCCUAGGAAGAAAGUCGAUGGAUGUAGCGUCCCGCUUCGCACACAAGAUGAAGCUCAAAUCAAAGCAGACCAGAGACGCUCAGGCUUUGGCCCAGGCCCAGGCACAGGCUCAGGGUCAAAUUCAGCCUCAGGCGCAAGCUCAGACCCAAGCGCAAGACGCUUCGCAACAGGAGCACAUCAUGGCAGACGUCUACUCAGUCGCAUUUGCUGAAGGUGUCAUGAUGUUCCAGCCGAGCAAAGGAGCAAAGCAGAACAACAGCAGUAAAAGAGGCGAUGAAAGCGCGUCGGGUGCCAAUAGCUCAUUCGCCACCGUGGUAGAAGCAGCAUACCGUAAAACCAAGCAGGGAGAUGACCCAGACGACAUCAAUUCGCGCAUCUCUGGGGCGACGAAGUGGAAGCUCUUGAGCCUCGCUUCGAAAGCCAAACAUAGGGCGUCGGGUAGGCCGGAGCAGGAAGAAGGCACAGAGCGCAAGGACGAGUUCUGGAAUUGUGCAGGGCCUGGUGAAGAGCCCAGCUCGGAGUCUUCUCAGCGCCAGAACAUGGUGAGGUUUGCGUCUGAGACCCUGCAGGACAGGGGCACAAGAUCAGAAGACACACCCGAUCACUCCGGCGCAGAAGUGCACAAGGAUGCACCCGCCGGACAUGACGAGGCAUCUCAUCGAUCCGAUCGUCAUCAGCAUCGUCACAAAAGUCACCAUGCUCAUCACCACCAAGGCCACGAACCGCGUGUCUCAAGGCACCGUCAUCGUAAGGAUGAGGCCCACGGGAAGGCAAAGGAGGAUCAUCGCACGGACCGAUCUCAUAAGGGAAAGGAGCGGUCAGCAAGCAGUGACCCGAAAAAGAGGGUAGGUCGGAUAUUGGACGAGGACGCUGAGGAACGUGUCAAGCUAGCCAUCAAAAAGGCCAAAGAGGAGCUCGAAGCCAGUGGCCAGCCGGUUCCUGAGACGCCCAACGACUGGGACAGCGAAGACGAGGCCGAAUUCGAGAGGCAAGAGCGCGAACGCCUUCUGCGACGGCAGACAAGGCAUGCUCAGGCACAGACCAAGCAGCAACAGAAGCAGCAGCAGCACUGUCAAGACAUGCGCCACGACGACGCCUCACACAGCCAUCAACACAAGCACGCUCACAACAAGCACCACCACUCUCAGCACCAUCGCGCGGCUCAUGAUCCGCCUCGAAAGGCAAAUGAUGCCGCUGACAAGCACAUUAGCCAGCAGAUUACCGAUGAGAUGAACUUUGGCGUGUCUGCCUGGGGCACUCUUCCAGCCGCUGGCGUCUGGUGAGAGGGCCUCUUGAGCUCCAUGGGUAGCUUCGGCUUGGUCGGCGGCGUGGGAUGCCACGCCACGUGUCAGGAAACAAAGCUCGCUGCUAGCGCACCUUAAAUUUAAAUUUUAA